AUGGUCCUAUCACGCACGAUUCGUAUUUAUAUAGUGAUUUUUCUCACUGGCGUGUUCUUUUUUGCAGAAAUAAUUAUUGGAUACUGGACAAAUUCUUUGGCAUUAGUAACAGACUCUUUUCAUAUGCUAAAUGAUUUAAUAAGUUAUUUAAUCGCAUUAUACGCUUUUAAGCUCGCUUCCGCUACCACAAGUUCUUCAAGAUAUUCAUAUGGUCGGCAACGAGCAGAGGUUUUGGGUGGCUUCAUAAAUGGUGUAUUACUUCUUAGUUUGUGUUUAAACAUAUUUAUAGAGGCAAUUCAGCGUUUUUUUGUCGGCCAAGAACAUAGUCAUCAUGGACAUUCACAUUCUCAGCAUUUACCUUCAACAACUUUGGAACGAAUGUCAACAAUUGAUGCACAUGAGGAUUAUUCAAUUGAAAUACAAGAAAGAGAUGAAACAAACCGUUCAAGUCAUGAAGCACACGCGCAUAAACACGAGAAUUCGCACAGUCAUCUUCAUGAUAAUCACAGCCACAAAGAUCAUAAUAUGAAAGGUGUGUUUCUCCAUGUAUUGGGAGAUGCAUUGGGUAACAUAGGUGUAAUUGCCUCAGCAUUGUUUAUCCGAUACACGAAUUUUGAAUGGAGACAUUACGCUGACCCGGCAGUCAG